CGGUGCCUGGGGUCCGUGAGUGUGAGGGGGGCGUGGCGACAGGCGAGGAGGAGGAGGAAGGAGGGGCGCGGUUUCGACCCCGUCCCCGGCGCCCCGGAGGAGACCCGUCAGAUCUGCGCCGCUCCCGUCCCCGUCCCCAGAGCAAGAUCCAGAAUGAGAAGACUGAUAAAAGAAGAAGCUAGCUGAAGAGCUAUAAAAUGCCCAAAUCUGGGUUCACAAAACCAGUUCAGAGUGAAAAUUCUGACAGUGACAGCAAUAUGGUAGAAAAACCAUAUGGAAGAAAGAGUAAAGAUAAGAUUGCAUCCUAUAGCAGAACUCCGAAAAUUGAUCGAAGUGAUGUGGGCAAGGAGGUGAAAGAGAAAUCGUCCAUGAAACGUAAACUUCCUUUUACGAUUAGUCCAUCAAGAAAUGAAGAAAGAGAUUCAGACACAGAUUCAGAUCCAGGACAUACAAGUGAAAAUUGGGGGGAGAGACUUAUAUCUUCUUACAGGACAUACUCAGAGAAAGAAGGUCCAGAAAAGAAGAAAACAAAAAAGGAAGCUGGAAAUAAGAAGUCCGCACCAGUUAGCAUUCUUUUUGGUUAUCCACUCUCAGAGCGAAAGCAGAUGGCACUUCUUAUGCAGAUGACAGCAAGAGACAACAGUCCAGAUUCCACACCAAAUCAUCCAUCACAAACAACACCAGCCCAAAAGAAAACUCCCAGUUCCUCAUCUCGACAAAAAGAUAAAGUUAAUAAACGAAAUGAACGUGGUGAAACUCCUUUACACAUGGCAGCUAUUCGAGGAGAUGUGAAACAAGUCAAAGAAUUAAUAAGUUUAGGAGCAAAUGUGAAUGUGAAAGAUUUUGCAGGUUGGACACCACUGCAUGAAGCCUGCAAUGUUGGGUAUUACGAUGUUGCUAAGAUACUUAUAGCAGCUGGAGCAGAUGUUAACACACAAGGAUUAGAUGAUGACACUCCACUCCAUGAUUCUGCUAGUAGUGGGCAUAGAGAUAUAGUGAAACUGUUACUUCGUCAUGGUGCAAAUCCAUUUCAAGCUAAUAAACACGGAGAACGUCCAGUGGAUGUCGCAGAAACAGAGGAGUUGGAACUGCUACUAAAAAGAGAGGUGCCUUUAUCUGAUGAUGAUGAAAGUUACACAGAUUCUGAAGAGGUUCAGUCUGUAAAUCCUUCCAGUGUUGAUGAAAAUAUUGACUCUGAGACAGAGAAAGACUCUAUCACCUGUGAAAGUAAACAAAUAAUUCCCAAAGCACCUCUUUCAACUGCCCUUGAUGAGUAUGAGUUCAAAGAUGAUGAUGAUGAAGAAAUAAAUAAAAUGAUUGAUGAUAGGCAUAUUCUUAGGAAAGAGCUCAGAAAAGAGAAUGAAUCUGAAGUAGAAAAAAAUAGUUUAUUUGCAAAACAGGAUAAAGCUUUCUACCCUAAAUCAUUUAAAAGUAAAAAACAAAAGCCAUCUAGGGUUUUGUAUUCAAGUUCUGAAAGUUCAGAUGAAGAAAUUCUUCAGAACAAAAAGGUUUCUGCUUCAUGCUCUAUACCUGAAACAUCAAAUUCCGACACACAAACCAAAAAGGAAUAUGGAGUUUCAAAUGAGCACAAACAGAAAGGUAAAGUUAAAAGAAAAUUAAAGAACCAGAACAAAAAUAAAGAGAACCAAGAGCUGAAGCAAGAAAAAGAGGGGAAAGAAAAUACUAGAGUAACAAACCUGACAAUUACUACAGUAGAUUGUUCAGAAAAGACAAGAGAGGAGGGGAAUUUUAGGAAAUCUUUUAGCCCUAAAGAUGAUACUUCGUUACAUUUAUUUCAUAUUUCCAGUGGUAAAUCUCCCAAACAUUCUUGUGGACUAAGUGAAAAACAAUCAACACCACUAAAACAAGAACACACCAAAACAUGUUUAUCACCAGGAAGUUCUGAAAUGUCAUUACAGCCUGAUCUUGUUCGAUAUGAUAAUACAGAACCAGAAUUCUUGCCAGAAAGUUCAAGUGUAAAAUCUUGUAAGCAUAAGGAAAAAAACAAACAUCAGAAAGAUUUCCACUUAGAAUUUGGUGAAAAGUCAAAUGCUAAAAUAAAGGAUGAAGACCAUAGUUCAACAUUUGAAAACUCAGAUUGUACAUUGAAAAAAAUGGAUAAAGAAGGUAAAACAUUAAAAAAGCAUAAAUUGAAACAUAAAGAGAGGGAAAAAGAAAAGCAUAAAAAGGAAAUUGAAAGUGAAAAGGAAAAAUACAAAAAUAGGGAUGGGGUUAAAGAGCAACAGCGGAGUGUUGAAUUUGAUAGAGAAUUUUGGAAAGAGAAUUUUUUUAAAAGUGAUGAAACUGAAGAUAUAUUUUUUAGUAUGGAACAUGACUCCCUAACAGAAAAAAAAUCAAAGUUGGAAAAAAACAUGAAAGAUGAUAAAUCAACCAAGGAAAAACAUGUCUCAAAAGAGAGGAACUUUAAAGAAGAACGAGAAAAGAUUAAAAAGGAAAGUGAGAAAUCAUUUAGGGAGGAAAAAAUAAAAGAUUUAAAAGAAGAAAGAGAGAAUAUACCUAUCAGUAAAGAGACAGAAGUUAGUUCUUUAGGUAUAAGUGCCAGUGAGGAAUCUAUAGGGUUACAUUCAAUGGAAAGGGAAAUAGAAAUUGAAAAACAAGAAAAGCACAUAAAAGACAGUAAGGAAAAAUCUGAUAAACGAUUUCAAAGUAAAGAAAAGGACAUUGAGAAAGCUGAAAGAAGAAAUUCUGAAAAAGAGAAGAAAAUAAAACACGAGCAUAAGUCAGAGAAAGACAAAUUAGAUCUUAGUGAAUGUGUUGACAGAAUAAAAGAAAAAGACAAAUUAUAUUCACAUCAUACAGAGAAAUGUCAUAGAGAAGGUGAGAAGAUAAAAAAUAUUACUAUUAAAAAACCUGAUGACAGAGAGAAAAGUAGAGAAAAGACAGACAGAAGACAUGACAAAGACAAACCUGAAAAAGAGAGGCAUCUAGCAGAAAGCAAAGAAAAGCACAUGAUGGAGAAAAAAAUCAAACAGUCAGAUAAUAGUGACUACACUAAAUCAGAAAAAAGCAAAAAUAAAGACAAGGAGAUAGAUAAAAAGGAAAAAUCUAGAGAUAAAGAAAGUGUAAAUACAAGUAACUCCAAACACUUUCAGGAAGAGAAGAGGUCAAAUAUAGCAGACAGCAGUAAAGCACAACAGGAAAAAACUUUAUCCCUUAAAGAAAAAACAAAAGAUGAAUCUUUGAAAACUGAUGGAAAAGAAAAAGAUAAAAAAGAUAAAGACAUAGACAGAUACAAAGAACGAGACAAACAUAAGGAUAAAAUUCAACUGAAUAGUUUAUUCAGACUAAAAUCUGAAGUCGAUAAGCCCAAACCUAAGUUAUCACCAGCUUCAAAAGAUACUCGACCUAAGGAAAAGAGGUUGGUGAAUGAUGAUUUAAUGCAGACAAGUUUUGAACGAAUGCUAAGCCUUAAAGACCUAGAAAUAGAGCAGUGGCACAAAAAACAUAAGGAAAAAAUAAAGCAAAAAGAAAAGGAACGGUUGAGAAAUCGUAACUGUUUAGAACUUAAAGUAAAAGAUAAAGAAAAAACAAAGCAUACACUAGCUGAGUCCAAAAAUAAAGCACUUAGUAGGUCAAAGAGUUCAGAGUUGACUGAUCCUUAUACCAAGGAGAAACAAUCUAAAGAUGCUGUAAGUAACAGAUCACAAUCUGUUGACACCAAAAAUAUAAUGAAUUUAGGGAAGUCAUCUUUUGUCUCAGAUAAUAGCUUAAACAGAUCUCCUAGAUCAGAGAAUGAAAAGCCAGGUCUCAGCUCCAGAUCUGUAUCCAUGAUUUCUGUUGCUAGUUCAGAAGAUUCCUGUCAUACUACAGUAACCACCCCAAGACCUCCAGUUGAGUAUGACUCUGACUUUUUGUUAGAGGGUUCAGAUUCCCAAAUGUCCUUUUCCCAGUCACCUUUUCUGCCAAUUGCCAAAUCUCCUGCAUUUCAUGAAAAGGACUUCGAUAGUAUAACUGAACUGCCAGAGCGGAUUAAACCACCAUAUACAAGCAGACUUCCAACAUCCCAUGUCCGAUCAUCUUCUGUAGAAGAUGUUAAACUUAUAAAUGAGGGGAGAGCAGCUGUAGAAGUUCGAAGAUGUAGCAUGCCAUCUGUCAUUUGUGAACAUACAAAACAAUUCCAAACAACAUCAGAAGAAAGCAAUCAAGUUGGCUUAGCUGUGCCAAGAGAUAUUUGCCCUUCUCCCAAAUCUGUGGUAUCCUCUAAUGUGCCUGAAAGAGAACUUUCAAAUGUAUCGAACAUACAUUCCAGUUUUGCCACCUCUCCAACUAGAUCUAUAAACAGCAAAUACAUUUCAGCUGAUAUAAACAUCAUCAAGAGUUCUGCGUCAGUGGGCACUUUAAUGGACAGUCCUGUUCAUUUAGAGCCAUCUAAUCAGGUUGGUGUGAUCCAAAAUAAAUCAUGGGAGAUACAUGUAGAUAGAUUGGAAUCAUUAAGCACCAGUGAUGUCAUUGGCCCAAAUUCUAGUACAUCUGAUCAAGAUCCUUCUGUCCAGGUUUUUUGUAAUUCCGGAAACAAAAUAUUAAGAGAACAGAAUACUGACUUUUUAUGCCUGCACCAGACUGAACUGCCAGCAAACUCUUGUGCUCAGGAUGCACCAUCCUUUCUACCUUCACAGCAACCAGGCUCUUUCCAAAGCCAAUCGCUUUCAGAUACUGAUAAACAUAUGUCUUCAUCAUAUGUUGCCAAUCAAGAUACAGAUAUUUUACAACAUAAAAAUGCAGUUCAGGUUAUCAGUACUGUUUUAGAUACUGAUAAUGAGUCUACAAAAGAUACGGAAAAGACUUUUCCCCUAACAGAUGUCCAAAGGACAGAUACCUUUGUUCCAUUGUACUCUGAAAACUCUGUUCAAGAAGCAUCACCAAAUUUUGAGAAGGCUAAUACUUUGCCUCUUUUACCAUUAGAGAAGGAUUUUAAUGGAAGUGAUUCCUCUUCCCAGCAAAAUAUACAUUAUGCAUUUAGCAAACAUAUAUAUAAGUCUUCCAAUAGCCAUGAAGUUGAAAAUAACACUUCUGAUAUUCAGGUUAUUUCACACGAAAAAGAAAGCAAUCUGGAAAGUUUAGUUUUAACUCAUUUGAAUGAUAAGUGUGAUUCUGAUUUAUAUGAAAUGAAUGCAGGAAUGCCAAAAGGAAACCUAAAUGAACAGGAUAAUCCAAAGCUUUCUCUUGAAAGUGAAAAGUGUUUGCUUUCCAUUGAAGAGGAAGAAUCACAACAAAGCACUUUAUCAUGUCUGGAAAGCCAUUCACAACAACCAACUCAACCAGAAAUGCAUAAAUAUGGGCAAUUAAUUAAAGCAGAAUUAGAAGAAAAUGUGGAAGAUGAUAAAACUGAAAACCAAAUUUCUCAGAGGAUGACUAGAAACAGAGCAAAUGCAGUGGCAAAUCAAAGCAAACAGAUUAUUGCUAGUUGUACAUUAUUACCAGAAAAAGACAGUGAGUCUUCAUCUCCUAGAGGAAGAAUAAGAUUAACUGAAGAAGAUGAUCCUCAAAUUCACCACCCACGGAAAAGGAAAGUGUCACGUGUACCUCAGCCUGUGCAAGUGAGUCCCUCUUUACUACAAGCAAAAGAGAAAACUCAGCAGUCUCUGGCAGCCAUUGUAGAUUCUCUGAAACUAGAUGAGAUUCAGCCAUACAGUUCAGAGAGAGCAAAUCCAUAUUUUGAGUAUUUGCACAUAAGAAAAAAAAUUGAAGAAAAGCGCAAAUUGUUAUGUAGUGUUAUUCCUCAAGCACCUCAGUAUUAUGAUGAAUACGUGACAUUUAAUGGAUCAUAUCUCUUGGAUGGAAAUCCCUUAAGCAAGAUUUGCAUUCCCACAAUUACGCCACCCCCUUCACUAUCAGAUCCUCUCAAAGAGCUGUUUCGGCAACAGGAAGUGGUAAGGAUGAAACUACGUUUGCAACACAGCAUUGAAAGGGAAAAACUCAUUGUAUCCAAUGAACAGGAAGUUCUACGAGUUCAUUACAGAGCUGCAAGAACACUAGCAAAUCAAACACUGCCAUUUAGUGCAUGCACUGUUUUACUGGACGCAGAAGUCUACAGUGUGCCACUGGAUGCUCAGUCUGAUGACAGUAAAACUUCUGUGAGGGAUCGCUUUAAUGCAAGACAGUUCAUGUCUUGGUUACAAGAUGUGGAUGAUAAAUUUGACAAAUUAAAGACCUGUCUUUUAAUGAGGCAGCAACAUGAAGCUGCAGCUUUAAACGCCGUUCAGAGAUUAGAAUGGCAGCUCAAACUCCAGGAACUUGAUCCUGCCACAUAUAAAUCUAUCAGCAUUUAUGAAAUCCAGGAGUUUUAUGUUCCCCUUGUUGAGGUUAAUGAUGAUUUUGAAUUGACUCCUAUAUAGCAGCCGUUACUUCCUCGUGUGUCAUCUUAAAAUGAUGGAGACUCCAGUGUUGUACUGUGGAAAAUUGCUUUUUGACAAAAAUACUGAUAUUCUGCCUUUACAAUUGUUGGUAAAGUUGAACUAUAAUUGAUUAUGUAGCAAACACUGUCAUUUUAUAAAAAAUGAAAAGAAAUAUUUUGGAUCUUGAAUCCAAACAAUUUCUAAUUGAAAACUAUAUCGGUCAAAGGUCAUGAUUACAUUUGGCAGGAUGUGGUAGAUAUUUAAAAAGUUGAGAAUCUGCUAAUGGCGCUGGAAGUUGUUAGCACUCUAAGUAAUAAGAUAACCACUAGUAUGCAAAUCUUUUUUAAGUUUUAUUAAAAUAUAUCAGUAAACUAAAAGGUUCAAUUCCUACCAAAUAGUUUCUAAUGUGGAAGCAAAACUUGGCACAAAUUUUCUUCAGUUUAUUAUAUUUGUAAAUUGUACAGUUUUCUUUUCAAAAGUUUGAUAUUGUCUUUCUUUUUAAUAACUUAUUUUAUACAUAAUGUGCAGAUGUAAAUCUUGUAAUUAAUGCUCAAAAUGUAAACAAAGGGAUUGGUAGUCAAAACAUGUACAAAGAAAUAAUUAUAAACCUGUUUUGUCUGAUGUUUUAUUGGACCAAAGUUGUAGUUUGUAUGGAGUGUAGCAGUAGGGUGGUCAGGUAGCAAAACUUUUAAAUAAGGCAUGCAUGUGUUUGAGUUAGCUUGUUUUUAUCACCAUAACUGUAAAGUUGUGACUUAGUCGUAUUGCAUGCUUCUUCCUAUAAUUUAACUCCAUAAGUGAUGACUAAAGUAGUGUAAGGUGUUUCAUACUAAUCUCCUGGCAUAGUACCUAUGGCUUACUAUGUUGGAUAUAUUAUUUAGAAUAGUCAUACAAAGGAACAGCUCUUCUUUCACCUCAUAGUAGAGCCUAUUCUCUCCUCCCACCCCCAAACUCCUUUGAAUGAAAAUUCUGAAAUUGUAAAUAUCUAUUUUAAUACUCAAGUAUGAUGAAUCUGUGAAUAUAUGUAAAAUAUGUUUAAUAAAUUUUAUUGGUCAUGUUAAAUCAUUGUAAAACUUUUUUACAUUGCUAAAGCAUAAUGUUUUAAGCUUAAUAACCUUUGCACUUUUAAAAUAAAAACAGUACUCCAAUGAAAAAAGAGAUAUUUGAUAGUCAAAAUAAGUAAAAGCAACAGGCAUAUUCCAAUUGAUCUCUACAAUGUUUAUGAAAAAUUCAUUAAUCUGCUGUAUUUUUUUCCUUGUAUCAAGAUAUAAAGUCUAAUUUUCAGAAUUUUAUAAUUAAUAUUUGGUAUGCUGUUUUUAAUAAAAUAAUUAGCAAUAUAAUUAGAACAAGUCCAGUUCCUCCUAUUCCAUGAUACAGAUUAAAUAUUCAGGAAUAUUUCUGAUCUGAAACCUGCUGCUAAACUUAUUAAACAUUUUUGAAGGGAAAGUUAGGUUAUAUGUAAAAUUGAUUAUAAGUGUAUGAGAUUAAAAUUUAUAGAACUUUCCACAAUACUUUGUUGAAUUAUAAAAUAAUACUGGAUGUGUUUUAUUCUGAUAGAACAAAGUAAAAAGAAUAUAUGAGAAAUAAAGUGUUUAAAAUUCAGCUUAAAAGUUGGAAAUUCCAGAUGAUGG